ACCGCGGCCUCGCCUUUGUGUGAGCCGCACCGUGUUUGCCCUCCCACUUCCUUGUUCCACACUGGCGCAAGGGCCAUAAACCACCUGGCUGGGACAGCCGAGUCCUCAGCUGCACAGGCAGAAGGAAGAGGAGGGAGGGGGAUGGCAGCCAGCCCCCUGCUCUUUGUUGGGAGGACACCUCGGGUGCCACCGUGGUGGCUGGGAGCUCAGCCCGUUCCCUAGGGCUGGCACCGCUGCCUGUGGUGGGUCCCUCAUGCCUGCUGCACCCUCAUGCUGGGGUCCAGGAGUGCACCAGGGGGGAACAGGUCCUACUUCCCCUUCUUCUCAGACUUCAGGGGCUACAAUGUGACAGCCCUGCGAAUUGGCGAGUCAUCUGCCCUGGCCUUCAUCUUCCUGCUGGCCUUGGCGGGAAACAUCUGGGGCAUUUACCUGCUGGUGCGACGGCAGCACCGGCUCUCUGCUGCCAACUGCCUCGUCCUCAACCUCUUCUGCGCCGACCUGCUCUUCAUCACCGCCAUCCCCUUCAUCGCCGUCGUGCGCUGGACCGAGUCCUGGGUGCUGGGCGACGCCAUCUGCCACAUGCUUUUCUAUGUGAUGAGCCUCAGCGGCACCGUCGUCAUCCUCUCGCUAUCGGCCGUCAGCCUGGAGCGCGUCGUGAGCAUCGCCCGGCUACGGCACGCCGCGCUCCGCCGCCGCAAGGCGCUGGCCGCAGCCCUCCUCCUCAUCUGGGCCUUCGCCGCCUUCGCCACACUCCCGCUCUGCUGCUUCUUCUCUGUGGUGCGGCUGCCCGCCGCCGGCGAGGACAUUCAGAUUUGCACCUUGGUUUGGCCCAGCAAUGCAGGAGAAAUAGUUUGGGAUGUGACCUUUGCCACUGUUUUCUUUCUGGUACCAGGCUUGGUCAUUGUCACCAGUUACUCCAAAAUCCUACAGAUUACAAAAGCAUCAAGAAGGAGUUUAAAUGCUGGCUUAGCCUACUCAGAAAAUCAUCAGAUUCGUGUUUCCCAGCAAGACUACAAACUAUUCCGAACCCUCGUUGUUUUGGUGAUCUCUUUCUUCAUCAUGUGGAGCCCAAUUAUAAUAAUUAUUCUUUUAAUCUUAGUUCAGAACUACAAACAAGAUUUAAUUAUUUUUCCAUCAGUUUUUUUCUGGAUAGUGUUAUUCACUUUUGCCAACUCUGCUGUCAAUCCAAUUUUGUAUAAUGUUGCCCAUUUCAGACGUAAAUGUCAGGAAAUUUUUCUCUGUUGUACAGGGAUCCCUGUAAGGCAUGGGGCUGGUUCAGAAACCACUGUAAGAAGAAGUAACCAUGAACAACCAAAUCUGUCUUUCAUUACCAGAUAAUUAUUUAAAGCUUAAGCUGUGACACAAUUUUGAUGUUAAUGUCUAUGUUAACCCAAGUUGAAUAGGUCACUAUGUUAUAGUACUAUAUACCAGAGAAGGAAAAACAAAAAAGCAAACUAGAAUCUGUAUUUUUGAUUCCUGAAAGUAAAAUUCUCGACUUCACUGCUUUGCCUUAGUAAGAUUUGGACAAUUUAAUCCAAUGGUUUUAAUUUGCCACUUACACUGAAAUAGAUAUGAAUUUGGCAGUUAACUUGGUGUAUUUAAAUAGUUGAAAUAAGUACAUACCAGACAAAUUAAUUUCUCUGAGGGUACAUUUUUAGUUGGCAUAAAUGUCAUUAACUUUAAUGAAGUUACAGUGAAUCUAUAUCAGGGGCACUUGAUCUAUUUUU